UCUGUGAUUCAUUCUGGCCGCCCAACAAAACAACAACGAGCGGGAACACAGCGGCGACAACAACAACGGAGCGGUCGGUUCGGCCCUCAGCGGGGGGCCUGGCGGAGGAGGCGGAAUCGGAAGCGGGGGAGGAGGAGGAGGACAAGGACAGGGACAGGGACACGGAGGAGGCAUCGUCAGAGUCGGAGUUAGCGGUGGAGUCGGAACAGGAAACGGAAACGGAGGAGGCGGAAGUGGAAGUGCAAGUGGCAGUGCUGGCGGCGCUGAUAGCGACGGCGAUCCCAAGAAGACCUUCUCGCUGCACUGCUGUUGCGUGAUCGUCGACAUCACACCCGUCACGCACCCAGGACGCCUGACAUCCGCAACAACGGCCUCGGGAAGGGAUGCGGGUGGAGCCGCCGCGGGACAGCAGCAAAGCACCGGCGGCGGCGGCUUGGGGCUGGGUCUCGGCGAGAAUGUCUCGCAGCUGGCCAGCCAGCUGUUCCGCUUCGGCAGCAAAAAGCGCGGUGUCUGCAUCUGCAAUGCCCAGUGCCGGCUGCAAUCGCUUGGCGAGGGAUCCUUGGGGCCGACCAUCAAAACCCAUCACGGAUCCCUGGAUCGACUGCUCCAGCAAUCGGAAAAGACGACAGCGGGGGGAGCAGCAGCUCCCGUCACCGCUGAGCGUUCGAUAAGUUGGGUCGUGGAUGGCGGUGCGGCUGGGGCCGGGGCCCUGCUCAACGCCUCCUCCGACGAGAGCGAUGAGAAGAAGAAGAUGGAGGAGGCGGUGGCCCCACCACCGCCCAGGCCUCCCUCACGCUCCCAGAAGCCCACGGCCAAGGAGGAGUUCGAUCGGGGCGUGGAGGUGGAGAAAUUCUAUCACCAGAUCAACGGCGACAUCUUCGAGAUAACGCGACGAGUGCGUGCCCGCGACGAGGAGACCAUGGAGCAGAAGUGCAUCCGUCGCAAGGGUUCGGUGCGCCUCACCGAACCUCCCUCCGGUCACAGUCACGUGCGGAUGGAACAGCAGAAGCCGCAGCUGCCACCGCGUCGCCAGAAGAGUGCGGAAGAAGUGGCCACCAUGCCAAAGAGCGCUCUGCGGCAGGCACCCGAGCAGCUCGAGUGGUUCGACCGCAAGGCCCAGCAGCGUCACUCUGCACGCUCCGCAGAAGGGGGACAGGUGCGGGAGGAGACCAUGGAGUGGCUGAAGCUGCAGAAGACGGCAUCACCAGCGGCUGCAGCACCUGCACGCACUUCCUCGGGUCCCAGUGAGAUCACCGUCCUGAAGGACGAGCUGCCAGACUGGCUGCUGGAUCACCUGCCCAGGAAGCGAGAGCGCCUGCCGUCGGACGCGGCCAAGGGCGGGCAGAGCUCCUCCUCCGCCUAUGCCAAGGCUCUGUCCGAGCUGCUGAAGAAGCCUCUGUCCCGCCAAAGCUCCGGACCGUGCGAGUUCUCGCUGCUGAAGACGGACAUUGUGGAGUGGCUGACGAAGAUGCAGGCCAGUGGUGCAGCCAAGCCACGGCGCUCCCAUCAUCGUCGCAACGGGAGUGGGGGAGACGCCCCAAGGUCCAAUUCCCAGGAGGAGGCCAUGGCACCCGCAAGCUCCCAUCGCAAGCGGCACUCCCUGGGCCACAGUGGAGCGGUCAGCGAGGAGGAGGCGGCACACCAAAAGCACUCGCAGCCGCCCGAUUGGAUAGCUUAUCCCCUGCACAAGUUGCAGUCUCUCGGCAAGCAGCCGCCACCGCCGCUUCCGGCCCCAAAUGUGCCCAGCGGCUAUGCCGUGCCCAGUGCCCUGGCCCUCGCCCACACGCCCCUCUGCCAGCGAAGAGAGGAACGGUCCAGGGAGCGCCGGCUGCGACACUCCGCCAGCGAAGUGGUGGGCGGUGGAGGAGGAGGAAGCGGCGGUCCUGGUCCAUCGACCGCCCAUCUGGAGCGGCUGUACGCGAAGCCACACAAGGAGCGGUAUCAGUAUGUGCCCAAGGCCAAGGAUCCCGCAGUCUCUGGCACUGGAUCGAAGAGGGAGCGAUCGCGUCGCCAUCAGACCCAGAGAUCGGCCACCGUGUCGGACAUGUCCGCCCAGCGAUCGGGCGGCCACAAGCGCAAGUCCUCCAGUGCCGAGCGGGCGCCACGCUCCCCCUCUCCCGGCCCCUGCACAGAUCCCGACUGUCCGCUGCUGCCCAUCUGCACGGAUCCACACUGCCGCUACCUGGAGUGCCAGACCCAGUCCCAGGCUCAGGCGCCGCCCAGCCGCUGCCUCACUUCGUCCGUCAGUUCGGUGAACCUUGCCCGCCACCAGCAGCUGGCCCAAGUCCAGCUGCAUACGGUGCCCGCCCAUCUGAUAGGAGCAGGAGGAAUGGGCUCCGAUGUACCCACAACGCCAUCGACGACGGCCACACCGCCGCCGCCGCCACCGCCACAGGUAGCAGCAGCAGCAGGAGGGGUCGAGCGGCGGCUGGUCAUCUGCCACGAGUGCCGCUCCUGCUGCGCCCCGCUGCUCAGCUGCCAGAAUCGCAAAUGCCUCAAUGCCGCCAAGUGCAACUCACUGCCUCGCUGUGCCGCCGACUUCAAUCGUCUGCGGACACAGCUCGCCCAGCCCCCGACCACACUGGACGACAUCGAACCGGCGCCUCCGAUCAUGAUGAUGGACCACAUCGAGGAUCUGGAGAUGCGGCCACUGCCAUCGCCGCCCUCGCAUCAUCACUACCGCAGCAACUCGCAGCCGAACACGCUCCAGCGCGGGGACUCUGCCAGUUCGGGGGCAGGCGGAGGAGGAAUACAUGGGGCAUCAUCAUCCAUGGGCAUGAGUCUGGGCUGGCUGGAGCCGACGACGAGUCUGGUGCAGCCGCUGCCCACGUCCUAUGUGCACCAUCACCAUGGAGCGACGAUCAAUGGGAAGCUGAUGAAGUCCGCCUCGGCGGCGUCGCUCAACUCACGUCGAAGGCGCCACAAGACGGUGCACUUUGGGGAGAAUCUGCUGCGGGAAGUGUGCCAGAAUCGGAAGCUCAUUAAAACGGAGCAAGUGCCAUCCGGUUCGGCACCGAUGAAGGCCAACAUCCAGAUGCUGUAUAACUUCGUGGAGGGUGUACUCAGUGCCUGGGUGGACGAUGAUGAGGAUCAGGUGCGCUCUGGUGCCGAAUCAGAGCCAGAGCAUGGCGGUGUGGUGGCCCUGCAGCCCAUACAUCGAUGCAAUCGCCUGCGCUAUCAGUGCAUACGUCGGGUGGUCGAGGAGGCAGCCGAUCUGCAGGGUACCCUGAAGCUGGGGAACUCACGGUACAGGCAUCGCCAUUGGCGCAGCACGGCCAAGCAGUGCAACGAAAUGUUCCUUCGCAAGAUUUCGGACGAUGAUCGAAUGAGCCUAACUACUGCCGUUUCGGAUGAAGAUGAUGGGGAAAGUGUCAUGGCGUCUCCAUAUAAAGCAAAGGCCACUGGCACCGCUGCAUCCUCCUUCAAUUGUACAGGAGCUGUACGAAAAGCUGGCUUCCUAUCGGUGAAGAAAUGGUUACUACGCAAGAAGCAUCAGAUCGAAUUGGCACGAAAGCGGGGCUGGAAGGGAUAUUGGGUGUGCCUGAAGGGCACCACCCUGCUCUUCUACCCAUGCGACUCCCGUGAGGGGCGGAGCGUGGAGGCGGCGCCCAAGCAUUUAAUUAUUGUGGAUGGUGCAAUUAUGCAACCGAUACCCGAGCAUCCCAAGCGUGACUACAUCUUCUGUCUGAGCACGGCAUUCGGAGAUGCCUAUCUCUUCCAGGCGCCCUGUCAGGUGGAGCUCGAGAACUGGGUGAAUAGCAUACAUAGCGCCUGUGCCGCCGCCUUUGCACGUCAUCGCGGCAAAACGGGAACCCUACAUCUCCUCCAGGAGGAGAUCUUUCGUCUGGAGAAGGCCAUUGAAUCGGAUCACAAGCUGAAGCACAUGGCCGAGUUGCAGCAAUCAGUAGUCACCGAUCAGGAGACACGUCAUCAGAUUCAGGGCCAGAUACUGCAGUGGGAGGAGAAUCUCGAGCGACUGCACUGCGAACAGUUCCGAUUGCGCUGCUACAUGGCCUCGCUGCAGAGCGGAGAGUUGCCCAAUCCAAAGUCGCUGCUCACUCACGUGUCUAGACCAACAAAGAACACGCUGAACAAACUGGGUGUGUUUACGGUCUCCUCGUUCCACGCCUUCAUCUGUGCCCGUUCCCCGUCGCUGCUCAAUAAUCUGCUGGCUGGACGUGGUGCCACCAAGCGGCGACCACCAAUGCUGUCGCGAUCGAAUAGCGGCUCCAGUCGUCGCUCCAUGCAGAUGAAUUCACGUGACGAACCGGAAAAAACUUUCAAAGUUGCAAUGCCCGACAAUGCUUACUCGACAGUUUAUCUACGUGAUGCGAUGUCUGUUGAGGAAUUCCUCGCCAGCGCGUGCGCCCGUCGCAACCUCAAUCCCAUGGAGCACUUUGUGCGCGUCAAGAAGCGACGUGACAUGGAGGAUCACAAUUACUUUGUGCCGCAUCGCAACGAUCUGAUUGAAAAUUAUCUACAUAAUCAUGAGUUCGUCGAGGUCUGCAUGAAAAUUUUGUACCAGGUGGAGCUGCAGCGCACUACCCUCGAACAGAUGUGGGGCUUCUCCGUGGAGGCGGAAUUGAUUGAGAAUGCGGAGCGGCAGGACGAGCUCUGCUGCUAUGUGAGUCGCGUGGAGGACAAGAGUGUGGCCAUGCACAAUGGCAUUAUCAAAGGAGACGAAAUAAUGGUCAUCAAUGGGGCAAUUGUGUCCGAUCUAGAUAUGAUGUACUUGGAGAGCGUCCUGCAGGAGGAACAAUCGCUCAGCAUGAUGAUGCGGUCUUCCCGCACAGAGCCACCAGAUCUCGUGGGGAUCAUGCGUGUGACGGACGAUAUGAUUGAUUCGCUGGUGUGUCCACCGCCGCCGACAGAUCCGCCCGUGAUGAGCGAGGAGAUGAUAACUGGACUGAUUGUUCCGGCGCCCGGUUGGAAUGGCAAUGGCAAGGAUCUGUAUUCGCCGGAGGCGGAGAGCUCGCCGGCGCCCUCCUUCGUGGACCCACAAAUGGUGGCCGCCCAAAUGGCGGCGGGUGGCGGUGUUGUCGUUGGCGGACUGGGCGUGGCCAAGCCCACGUCGCGUACGAGCAGCUUUGAGAUUGAGAAUCUGCUGAAGACCGCAGAGCAAGUUACCGGAUUUUGUCGUUCACCCCAGGAAACACGCAAAUCGAGCCCCACAGGCUCUGUCACCUCAUCGGUGUCGACAACGGCAUUGACCCCAUCACGGCAGCUAACCGAUGCGGAGAAGCUACGCAAAGUCGUCAUGGAACUGGUGGACACGGAGCGCACCUAUGUGAAGCACUUGAACAAUCUGCUGGAGCACUAUCUGGAGCCCAUGAAGCGGGAGACAUUCCUCUCGAAUGCCGAGAUCAAUGCGCUGUUUGGCAACAUCCACGAGAUCGUCACAUUCCAGCGACAGUUUCUACAGAAUCUCGAGGAGUCACUGGAUCUAGAACCAGAGUUUAAUAAGUUCGAGCACUGCGGACAGUUCAGGAAUGUACUCUUUGCGAUUGGUUCAGCCUUUCUGUACUAUGUGAAUCACUUUAAGCUGUAUUCAUCGUUCUGUGCGAGUCACAGCAAGGCGCAGAAGGUCCUGCAUCCGAAUGAAGGCAAUCAUGCCCUGCAGGAGUUCCUGGCGGCACGCAAUCCCAAGCAGCAGCACAGCAGCACCCUGGAGUCGUAUCUGAUCAAGCCCAUUCAGCGCAUUCUCAAGUAUCCGCUGCUGCUCCAGCAGAUGCGCAAUCUAACCGAUACCCGGGCUGACGAGCAUGUACAUCUGUGUGAGGCCCUUAAGGGCAUGGAGAAGGUUGCCGAGCACAUCAAUGAGAUGCAGCGCAUCCACGAGGAAUACGGCGCCAUAUUUGAUCACUUGUUCAGGCAGCAUCAAAAGUCCUGCAAGCAGCCCAUUGAUUUGAGUCCAGGCGACCUGCUGUAUUAUGGCGGUGUCGAGUGGCUCAAUAUCUCCGAUUUUCUGGGCAAGAUUAAGAAGGGACUUGAGUUGCAUGCCAUGUGCUUUGUGUUCAAGUCGGCGGUUGUGUUCCUCUGUAAGGAGCGCUUGCGACAAAAGAAGAAAUUGAUGGGCGUCUCGAGCAAGAAUGCCACCAAUGAGGUUGAGAUUAUACGCUAUCAAGUGCUCAUACCCGUCACCGAGGUACAGGUGCGUGCCAGCUCGGCCAAGGACAUGGACUCGCACUUCCUGUGGGAGCUCAUCCAUCUGCGUUCGCAGCUGCAGCGACGCUCCGAGAAGGUUUACGUGCUGUCCAACAGCACCGCGGACUUCCGGAAUGCGUUCCUCAAGACCAUACGCCAGAUCAUACGCGAGAGCGUGCGGAACAUGUCAAUUCCCAUGAAGAACUUUGGCGGCAGCUCCGGCUCCGUUUCAGGCCACUCAUCGCAGGGAAUGAGCGGACACGGACACGGACACGGCUAUGCGGGCAACUCCCAGACCUUGGAACGACCCAAGCAGCAGAUAACCAUCGUUCAUGGCUCUCACACGCUGGGUAAACCAAAGAAAAAAUCGGGUUCGCAGCGGCACUCGGCGGGCAAUAUCGACUAUGACAAUCUGUCGGGCAGCCAGGAGGCAGACGAUCUGCCUCCGAGCGUACACUUUGGCCCUGGCCACAGCCACAGCCAGCCGAUGCAGCCGAGUGGCUUCCGCAGCCGCAGCAAGACGGUGGGCGAUGUGACAGAAAUCGCUUACUCCUCCAUAGAACCCCAGCAACAGCAGCAGCAGCAACAGCAACAACAGCAGCAGACUCAUCAGCAUCCACAUCCCCACCCACAUCCACAUCCAAGGGAGCCACCACCGCCGCCAAUCAGGCAGCCGCACUUGCAUCAUCAUAGCAGCGACAUUGAGCGGAUUGAUCCGGGAACAAAGUCAGAGGGGGAGGAGGACUCACAGCAGGGCACAAUCAGGCCCAAGGCCACACUGGGCCGCACGCCCAAUCACCUGACGCUGAGCACCACAUCGACACUCUCGGUGGGCAGCACUGGGAGCCAGGCGCGCCUGAUACAAUCAUCGCAUCCGCCGGCCAGCUACCAGCCGGUGCUGAUGAAGGACCUAGGUAAGCCCAGCGACGAGUCGGAGACGGACUCGAGAUCUGAGUCCGAGGUGCAUGCCGCCCAGGUGGCGGCCUCCUUUAAUAUAAGUCUAGGCAGUAGUGGUAGCUUAUUCGCCAGUUCCGACCCCAAUCAGCCUCAGACCCAGACCCAGCAUCAGAUACAGAUACAGAACCAGACCUUGCACUUGUCCCCGCGUCAGUCGCCCCGUCAAUCGCCCCGACAGUCGCCCAAGCAGGAGAUCGAGGUGAUCGAGAUAUUUGAGAGCGAGGCGGAGCGUUUGGCCGCCUCGCAGCAGGUGGCGGUAGUCCAUCAGCACCAUGCAGUGGGCCAGGCCAGGGAGUCCUUGCAUAAGCAACGACGCGACCGUGACAGAGAACCGACCGAGACGGACGCCACAGCUCGCUUCAUGGACAAGCACCUGAGUGACCUGGAGCAGGAGAAUCUGGCAGAUGGCACCUGUGACAUUAUGGCCUACAUGGCCGGUCUGCGAGAGAAGGCCUUCGAUCCGCAGGAUCUAGGCGAAGAGGCGGCCGAUCAGCAGCAGAACGAUUCGAGUUUGUCGCCAGAGCCGCAGACCAUCGUUGAGAACACCCAGCAGACGGUGAUCGUGGACAUUGAGUCGCCCUCGCGGCCCGCCACAGAGUCGGACAGCACGGGCACCACCACAGGACCGUCGGAACGAUCCGGCGAUGAGACCGAGGAAGAGGCCACCACCAGUUCCGGCUUGGCCUCCCACAUCGUGGUGAUUGACAAGAAGGUGGACAAGAUAUUUAAGGCCAAGUCACCGGAGCGACCCGUCUCCUCAAAGCCGAAGAGCGGCAAGCGGCAGAGCAUCUACAUAUCGCCUGACCGAUGCAAGUCCCAGGGCAGCUCCCCGGUGCGCAUCAUCAAGAUCAAGUCUCCGCGCACGAGUCUCAGCGAUCAGGGCAAGCGGCUGAGUGUCUGCUCGUCCCGGGACAACUCUCAAGAUCGGAUUUCGGGCGGCCGACGCACUCCCAGUCCCCGCCGAUCCUCGGAGGGUGGUGGCAUUCUGAAGCACACCAGUCCGGCUCCUGGCAUACUGAAGCCCCCCUCCAGUCCGGCCAAGUCGAAGAGCCCCGAUCGCAGCUGCCUGAAAAAGGGCGGACCAUCGCAUGUGUGCAGCGUGGAAACGCUCUCGCCGCACAUCUCGCCCCGCAGCAGCCUGGAUCACCUCUCUCCGGACAGGGGCAGCACCUGUCUCCGGCACUCGCCUCGCAGCAGCUUCGACAGCCACGGCGGAUCCGAUCACAAUCUGGAUGUGCCCUACGGCGGGCGCAAGCGCAGCAUGUCCGCCCACGGCAGCUUCGAGACGGGCACCAAACCGCGCCCCCAGGAGACAUAUCAGUACUAUCCGGUCUACGACAACCAGACCUGCAGCGAUCACUAUGUGGCCGCAGCGCCCAGUGGUCGGUAUGCCAGUGGAGGCAAUGGAACCGGUGGAACCAGUGGCGGACGCAGUCGCCUAAGCAAAUCCCUGGAACGCUCCACAUCGCGUGACAGCACCACGACAAGCAGCUCUUAUGGCCAGCGGGCUUAUGGAGUCUCCCCGGAUCGAAAUUACGUAGUCUAUAGCUCGGGACCCCUGCGAUCCCAGUCGGCGGAGAACACGUUCUCACAGCCCAUCUACGAUCCAGUGCCCAGGCAGCCAAUGCCGGUGCACCAGCCACCGCACCAACACCAGCACCAGCCACAGCAGUACGUCAGCUAUGUGCCCGAGAUUGGUGGCUACGGACCUCCCUCCGGAUAUACUGGAGGCUGCACCCACGAUCCGCAGCAGCAGGCGGGUGGCUACCAGCUGAGCUCCUCGGCGCCCGAGUACACCACAUGCAUUGACUGUCUGUACCAGAAGAGACCCUCCUAGCAUAAGUCCCGCGUGCGGCAAAGUCGCACGCGGAAGAAAACGCCCCGAGGCAUGGUGGUGGUCAGUGCGCAGCCUACGGCCACGGGAGGGAUAGGAUUCGUGCCAGAGAUGGGUGGCGGCGAUUCCGGGGGAUGUGUCGACUGUCACGACUACUUCGAGAUACACGUCUAGGCACAGAACUGGUACUGGGCUGUCAAGGAGAGAGGACUGAGGAGGGAACGUAUCUACGUAGACUAGAAGAGUUAUUUGAAUCCACUCAGAAUGCAACCAAAGAUAACAGCAACAACAACCCGAAUGCCUCAACAAAUUAAUUUUAACCGAACUCAGCUCAGAUAUACGUAAACGCAAUGCAAAAAGCAACACCUAACAUAACCUAAACAUAACAAACAAAUAACCAAAAUACUCGUACUCGAACUUCAAACACAAGGGAUUGAAAUCAAAGACCUAACAGUAUACAGUAUAUACAAUCUACAAAUACCCCGGGAAGAAAGCAUAACCAUAAACCACAAUCGUAUAGAAAACUCAAAACAGUUUCACUCGUUACUCGCUACUCGUACUCGUUGUGUAAGUGUUUAGCAUGUAAGUCACCCUAGAUCCGCGCGUAGUUUUUGGCUCUUUAGAGUACCAUAGUUCAUACCGAAAACCAAAACUAAUCAGAAACCCAAGGAGAAUGGAGGCUGGAGGACGAUGCAGGUGAGGUGGUUGCAUAAUGUGUGUGCCACCGCCAUUUCUAGUUAAUUAUUUAAGCUUCAGUAUCCGAGCAUUUCACCAUGAUUUACACAGAAAAUGUGCGGAUGUUCCGUCAUGUGGCACACGAAGAAGGGGUGCAUAUUACGUACAUAUACGCCGCGUUGCACACACAAUACUCAAGUGCCGUAAUUGCGUAGGAAAACAACAACGGAACAAAGCUUAAUAAAACAAAACGCAAAAGAGCAGAGAAAAUAAAACUUAAACUAAAGUUGAAAUUCAUACUCGCACUCAAGUAAACUACCAAGAGACAUGCAUCCCCAACUUACUGGCAAACUAAAACUCAACUCAAGUUGAUAGAUACGUAGAUGGGGUGGGGGGGGGGGGGGACAAAAUUACAAAAAAAACAAGAAAAAAAAAACUAAAAGCAACCGCACACAAACACACAAAAAAGGGAAAAACAAAAACAGAAGAAAGUUGAAGGGAAGUCGCCAACAAACCAACUAUUAGUAGAGCCGAGAAAGAGAGAGCUGAAAGAACAAGGGAAAACUAUGUCACUGGCAACGUUGAUGUCUGAAGCAGUCGGGAGUGGAGCCUGCGAAUGAAAUCAAAAAAUUGUAAUUACCCAUCAAGCGAAAUGAAGGAAAACUGCAACUGAGCUGGCCCAAUGCGGGAUUUUGGCCAACAUUCUAUAGGGUUAACAGAAUAAAUACCUAACAAAACGUAUACCUAAAGUGGGGAAUAUUUACACGGAAAACAAAA